UAUCUUUGGAUAAAAGAUAUAGUUUUAUUACUUAAAUUUAAAGCAGUUGAGUUGGCGGAUCAAUCGCUAGCCGCUGUUUUUUUUGUGUUGUAAAAUAAAAGCAGCACAAAAUGAUAAAGGGACCGUGGUACGUGUGGGCGCUGCUGGUGGCGGCGGCCAUUGCCCAGGAACCUGUUACCUUGCAAGAGAUGUUGAGUGGACAGUUCGGGCAACGGGGCUUCAACGGCAGUUGGAUUUCAGAUACGAAUUUCACAUACACGAUAGCGGGUCAGCCUGGAAUCUAUGCUUUUAAUGUUGAAACCUUGACUAGCAGUGUUCUAGUUCCCGGAGAUUUAAUGGCUUUUCUCAACACAUCCAAUCCAGUCCUGUCCCCGGACGGCCGGUUCAUUUUGGCAUCCAGUGAAGUGGAACAAGUAUACAGAUAUUCGAGGACUGCUAAAUACACUCUAUAUGAAAUCGAAACAGAAAAUUGGUUCCACGUAGCGGGCCAUGCGAGGCUUCAGCUAUGCAUUUUCGGUGGUAAUCAUUCGCUAGCGUAUGUGCUGGAUAACAAUCUUUAUUAUCUAUCUGAAGACAACGAAACAAUAGCCAUCACUGAUGACGGUAUAGUCGGGGUCGUGUAUAAUGGGCACACAGACUGGGUGUACGAAGAGGACGUCAUGUACACGGGUCAGGCCACGUGGUUUUCUCCCGACGGCAAUUAUUUGGCGUUCGCCAGCUUCAAUGACACGGAAGUGGGGACCUACUCGUAUUACUAUUAUGAGGACAAGAGCGACCCUGACGAUUUGUAUCCUGAACUCGUGAACCUUAAAUAUCCCAAGGUCGGCACAACCAAUCCUACUGUUACACUGCGCGUGGUUAAUCUAGCCCAGACGACUAGUGACGAUAUCCAGUCUGUUACUUUAGAAGCACCCACCGAAGUGACCGAAGACCAUAUACUUGGGGGGGUCACGUGGCCGACUCAGAACGAGGUGGCUGCUCAUUGGCUCAAUAGGAGACAGAACUUCACCGUUUUCAGGAUUUGCGAUGUUACCAACACGAAUUGUGUGCAAGAAAUCCGGUCGGAACCCAACGGGUGGGUGCCAAUCGCACUACCGCGUUUCAGCCGCGACGGUUCCUUCUAUAUGCAGCUGCGUUGGUCUGAGCGUCAGCCUUCGGGCUAUAUAUGGCAACACUUGUUUCGAAUCCAGAGGACCGCUGACGAUUUCAAUUCAAGCUCGCUGACUCCAGGUGAUUUCACUGUGAACAAUUACGUCGGCAUGGAUGAAGAUAAUGAUGCUUUCUACUACACUCGGACAGUGACGGGUCAGCCGUGGCAGACGCAAUUGCGUCGUCUUUCUGGUGGUAACGAUAUUUGCUUGAGCUGCGUAAUCGUGAUGCCUGAAAGAGGACAAUGUACUUGGGCCACCGCUACAUUAAGCCAAUCCGGCCGUUACAUGAGUGUCACCUGUUCUUCGCCUACUGAGCCUUCAGCCACUUUCCUUCUGGAACCUUUGAACGACGUCGAACCUGUUCGAUACACAUGGGAGGACAACAGCGUAGUUCGCGAACGCCUCGUAAACAAGACUAGACCGCAGAGCAUAAUAACGACAGUGCCCCUGGAGAGCGGCCACCCCGCCCCAGUGCGCCUCCAUCUGCCGCCCGGGCUGGACGUCAACGACACCGACACGAAAUACUCGCUAGUAUACUAUGUCUACUCGGGCCCGAAUACAAACACAGUCUUCGAUACCUUCACUGUUGGAUAUCACACCGUUUUGACAACCAACCACAACACAAUUUACUUGAUUGCGGACGGGCGUGGCGCUGGUCUCAACGGCCAAGACAUUCUGUACUCGCUCAAUAACAAACUCGGCACCGUAGAAAUAGAAGACCAUUUCGUCAUACUCAGGCAAGUGUUGGAUCGGUAUAAGUUCAUAAAUGAGUCUCGUGUAGCGAUCUGGGGCCACAGUUACGGUGGUUAUGCUACGUUGUUGACUCUUCUGCAUGACGACGACCAUAUGUUCCAAUGCGGAGUCUCUGGGGCACCUGUAACCUCCUGGCUGUAUUACAACACGAUGUACACUGAGCGUUACAUGGGACUUCCCACCGAGGAAGAUAAUCUGUCCGGGUACCAGGAAGGCGAUGUGACGUUACUCGCGGAGAAACUGCGCGGCCACGACUUCUACGUCAUGCACGGGAACGCCGACGACAACGUGCACUAUCAGAACGCUGCGUUGCUACACAAAGCACUGGCGGAAUUGAAUAUACCCUUUCAACAAAUGUCAUACCCCGAUGAAGCUCACAGUUUGGCUGGAGUGAAUAUGCAUCGAUACAACGCUAUGAAUCGAUACUGGCAGCAGUGCAUCGGGAUGCCUGAAGCAUUACAACAAUAGUCACGUUAUGACAACAAAAUACAAAGAAAUUUGAUAAGUUCUAAUAAAAUUUAUGACCAAAUUUUUCCUUUUUCAUUACGUGCGCUUAUCAUUCAUUACAAAAACCAGUCGUCCAAAUAGGUGGAACAAAUAAGAAAUCAAAUACUCUAUUUUAGUUACAGAACAUAGUUAUUGUUAUAUAUUCGUAUUUAAUCUUUAUUGCCCCAAAUAUAGAAAUGGACAAAAAGAGGACUUAAAGCUGCUUUCUUGCAUUUGCAUUCUCUGCCAGUCAGCGUUUAGGCAUAAAGAAAUUCACGAAUACUAUUGAUUUCAUUUGUAACUUAUAAGUUUUGC